UUCAGGACCUAAUUGCUAAGAAACUACUUAACUUUAUUCACCUUAUUAAAAGCAUAUUCUUUAUUGGACAUAUAAUCCUGCAAGUGGCAAAAAUAGUUUGUACGUUGCGAUGGCCCAAACAUGUCAGCUAAAAGCCUUGCUUCAGGUUACUGCGGCUAAGAUGGAUAUUGAAGAUGAACUUCUUGAGCACUACCUGAAUCAAGUUGUGAAAGUAGUAUGUUCGUCUGACUUGUCAAAAGCACUCACAGAAGAAUUCAUAUUAUCUGUCAAAUGCUUAAUUAACAUUUGUUCAGCUGUUCAAGGAACACGUCUUUUAUCAACUGUGCUGUCAACUCAAGAAAAACGUGAAGAGUUCACUCGGAUCCUUAUUACCCUCUCUUUGGAUAAUUCUAAAAGUCAUACUGAUUUAGCGUCUCUAAUUAUUGACUUGAUUUCAAAUUUGACUAGAGAUCCUGUUUGGUUGGGUCAUUUCGGUGAACAUUUUGAUAACAAACAUAUUAGAUCGAUCCUCAGCUCAGGUUCUUCUAUCCAGAAAUUUCUCCCAGUAAUACUUAACCUAAGUAGGUUAACAUCAGUACGCCACUCCAUAUGCUCAUCAGAACUAUUACGAAAGCUGGUCGGUUUAUUUCCAAAUAUGCGUUCCGUCCCUAUCAAAAUUCUAAUAGCUGGCAUAAUAAAAAACUGCUCAUUUGAAGAUGAGCUUCAUAGUGAACUUUUCAACAGGGGCGUUGGUUUGCUCGAUGCACUUUUAGUUCCACUUUGUGGUCCAGAAGAUUGUAUUGGCAAAGAAGACCGUGCUAUAUUGCCUAAAUCUGUUCAGACUAUAACUGGGAGCUCCCAAUUUUCUCGUUUGUUUUCCACUGAGUUGUAUCUUACUAUUUGCCAAACAUUUUUGCAGUUCUGCUCCACCAGUCACGGACGAACAUUUCUUCGGUCCAAUGGAGUUUAUUUUAUUUUGCGUGAGUUACACAAUUAUAUAGCAAAAGCCGAAGAACAAACACAAUGUCCUAAAACUGAUGAAGCAGUUACAAACAAGGAAUUAUUAUUUUGCAUCGAACAAGUAGUAGAUCAACUCAUUUGUGAGGAAAGUGAACGUGAUGAGCACUGUGCAAAAUCCAGUCUUAGAGAAAUAAAUAUUGACGCAGAAACUAAAGAGAAACUUGACAGAGUGAAAAAAGACUAUUUGGAAUGCAAGUAAUGUCUGAUAUCUUUAGUGUAUUUCAUUUUGGCUUUGUAAAUGCUCAGUACUCCAAUUGCUGUUUCUACUUUUAUUUUUCUAUACCCCAAUCAAUUCUAAUUAACACUUACGACGAUGAAUUUCAGUUGUUUAACGUUAAACCUGUGUAAAAACCUUCGUUGAUAGCAAUCAUCCUUUCUUAUCACUAAGUGAAAUAUUAAACCUUAUCUGCGAACGCCUUUGUAGACACUGCUCUGUAAAAAACAUCGAAUUCUAACGUUCUUUAUAAUCUGAAUAUAUUCGACAGUGUUUUCAAUUGUGAGCUAAUUUUCCAUCAGUAGGUUUUAAAGAGAUCCAACGUAUGGAAUAAAAUAAAUGAAAAAGUAACGGGAAACUUGAUAAUCUAUACAGCUUAAGCGCGAACUCAAUUGAGAUAGUUUUCUUCAGUUUCAUUCCGAACUUUGCUCAGUUUCAAGGUGUAUCAUUCUGUUUUAAAGCGUACAUAAAUGUAUUUAUUUUAGCAGACAUCUGGAACUAUGGUAGAAAUAUAAAGGCCAA